CAGAUCUCCAAUACAGUGGUCUAGAAAACACAAUUUCAAUGUCCCGCAAGUACAACGUAACGUUCAACUGUGCCCUUGAUCUCCUGAUGUAUCCGUUUGACAAACAGACAUGUGAAAUUGUACUCAAGAUGACCUCUGGAACAAAUGAAUACAUCACCCUAAAGAGUGACAAGGAAGGGGUCAUUUACUCCGGAGGCCAACACCUGGUUGAGUAUGAGGUCACCGGAGUGGACUUGAAGUCCCUGGAAACAGGAGAAACCACGCCGAGCUUCCAGCAGACGCCUUUCGAGUCUCCCUUACCAGCUGAGGAACGAGUCCUGGAAGGAGAGUUCGCAGAUGUUUCCACUGGAUCCAAGUACUCCCGCCUGCUGGUGGCGCUCCAUUUCCGUCGUCGCUACGGAUUUUACCUCAUCAACACCUUCCUGCCAACCUCCCUCAUGAUCGUCAUCGCCUACCUCACGUUCUACUUCAAGGUGGAGGACUUCAAUGAUCGCAUUAUGGUGUCACUGACCUCCCUACUGGUCCUCUCUUCACUUUUCAACCAAUCCUCAUCAUCACUGCCCAAGACUUCCUACUUCAAACUGGUGGAUGUGUGGUUUCUCACCAGCAUUGUCACCAUCUUCAUCAUCAUCGUCAUCCAGACGGUUCUCGAACACCUGAGGGAGUCUGAGAUGGAAAGGCGCCUGGUUCCAGCGAGGAGAUCGACUCGUUUUAAGGGCCUUAUCAAAUCCCUGGCAAAGUCCAACAUCCGCCAAAGGAUCUCCACGGAAAGGAAGGAAAGACAGGCAACCGCAGGAACAUCCUGCAGUGCCUGGAGCUCUGGGAAUUCCCUCCUACAGCAGCAACCCCAACAAUCUCUGACGCUGAAGAAUCCCUGGGGAACGGACCACCCUCUGUCAUCUGCAGAGACAGAGACUGAGCUGUCGACCAGCAACCAGACUCAGCAACAACAGCCUCUUCGGAAGUUGGCUCCCAUUAGGCUCUUGAACGAAGAGACCCAUGAACUUGGAAAGCAGAUGGGCGAAGGCCAGGUGGUGAAAGGAGGUCACCAUAAGCACAGAGUUUCAUGGAAAUUUUGCAGUCAGCUGAGCAAAGUGGCACUGCUGAUCAUUUUCAUCAUUUUUCUGAUUUCUUACUGGGCACUAGCUCUCAGUUCUUAUCAGCUGUAAAGUUAAUGCUAACAGUGAGAUGUUACACUAACCUAGUGUGCAUAUGCAUGCACAUGUAGUAUCUAAAUUUGGCAAGAUUAUUUCUUCUUUGACUAUAUGUAUAUUACAUUACUUUCAAACUGUGAAAUACCAAAAUGUAUAGAA